AGAGAGACAGAGGCAGAGAAAGAGAGCAAGAGCGAGAAGUAGACAUUGCCCAGCUUCCCCACUGCAGCCGUGAGAGGCAGAGAGAAAGGAGAGCUCACAACUGAGCAGCCGUAGUAAAAACGGGGCUGACAGAUUGAUACUUGGCUGAGAGAUCGAUAUAGUCGCCAAAAGACACUGGGAGAGUGAGAAAGAAACCUCUUGGAGAUCAGUGUAGAGUGAGCAAAAGGGACCUGCACCAGAGAGAAGAUAGAGAUAAACCCGAGGCAAAUUGAAAUUGUUCAUCUGGCUGAUUUCUCCAACUAGAAAGAGCAAGUGGCAUGUCAUUGUGAAGAUGCAUUUGAAUGAGAUCCUAUCAGAAGUCUGCCGGAAGUUACGGUGGUGUCAGGAGAGCCCUAGAUAGGCCCAAGGUUCUCACGCUGUGGUGUUUCACCAUGGCCCCUGCACGUGGCUGGCUGCUGGGCCUGGCUCUGGCUUUACUCCUUCUGGGGUCCCAGCCUGCUCCAUCCCUAUCCGGUGAGGAGCAGAAGCUGGUCCGGACCACCAGGGUCAGACGACAGGCCCCUCCAGGUGGCCCCACCAGCCCACUUAACAACCAGACAGUCAAGGAGCAGCCCAUGGUCUUCAACCAUGUGUACAACAUCAAUGUUCCCCUGGAGUCUCUGUGCUCUGUGGAUCUUGAAUCAGCAGCGGCUCCACCCAGUCAGGCUUCCAGGGGAGCAAUGUCCAGUGGGGGUGGGGAGGACCCCACAGAGUUCACAGAGCAGACAGUGGACACAGACAGCCAGGUCACCUUCACCCACCGCAUCAACAUCCCCAAACAGGCCUGCGCCUGUCCCGCAGCCAACAGCAUGCAGCAGCUGGCCACCCGCAUCGAGAUGCUGGAGAGAGAGGUGUCGCUGCUCAGAGUUCAGUGCAGCUCUGGCAACUGUGGCUGUGAGGAGAGUUCAGCCAUGGGUCGCCUGGACUUCAUCCCCCAGUGCAGUGGUCACGGCAGCUUCAACAUGGACCUGUGUGGCUGUGUGUGUGAGGACGGCUGGACGGGCAAGAACUGCUCUGAGCCACGCUGCCCAGACGACUGCUCCGGACAGGGAGAGUGUGUGGAGGGCGAGUGUGUCUGUGACCGCGACUUCGGAGGGGACAACUGCUCGGAGCCCCGCUGCCCUGCGGACUGCUCCGGUCGAGGGCUGUGCAUGGACGGGGAGUGUAUAUGUGAGGAGAAUUUCACUGGAGAGGACUGUACGCUUGGUCGCUGCCUCAAUGACUGCUCUGACCAGGGCCUGUGCACCAAUGGGACCUGCCAGUGUCGCCCGGGAUAUGUUGGAGAAGACUGCUCUCUGGCCUACUGCGCCAACAACUGUAGUCAGAAGGGCAUCUGUAAGGAGGGCUUCUGUGCCUGCCAAGAGGGCUUCGCUGGAGACGACUGCUCUUUAGUGGCUCCGGAUCUGAAUCUGCGUGUGCGGGGAGUGACAGAGCGUACCAUUGACCUGGAGUGGGAGGGGUCGGUGUUGAUGACAGACUACCUAGUCACCUACGUGGCCACCAGCCCAGGUGGGGUCCAGCUGGAGAUCAGGGUCCCUGGGAACACCACCACCUGCAGUAUUCCAGACCUGGAGCCUGGCAUCGAGUACAACAUCAACGUCUACGCUGUGCUCAACAACAUCAUCAGUGUUCCUGCCAAUGCUCAGGUGUCAACCUAUCUCUCAAAUCCAGACGGUUUAGUCUUCAAAUCCAUCACAGAGACGGCCGUGGAGGUGCAGUGGCAACCGUUCUACUACUCGUUUGAUGGCUGGGAAAUAAGCUUCAUUCCAAAGGACAAUGAUGGAGGGAUGACAGCCCAGCUGCCCAGCACCAUUACUUCAUUCCACCAGACAGGCCUGAGACCAGGGGAGGAGUACACCGUCAACCUGGUAGCUCUCAGGGACCAGGGCCGCAGCCAGCCCGUAUCCGCCAUCGUCACCACGUUGAUUGAUGGGCCGACUCAGCUGAUAGUGCGUGACGUCUCGGACACGGUGGCCUUCGUGGAGUGGACCAAUCCCAAGGCUAAGAUGGACCAGAUAGUACUGCGUUAUGGCCUGGUGGGGGGUGACGGGCCUAAGACCACCUUCCGUCUGCAGCCCACCCUCAGCCAGUACUCCCUGCAGGUGCUGAGACCAGGCUCGCGUUACGAGGUGUCCAUCAGUGGUGUUCGCAAGGGCAAUGAGAGUGGAACCAUCUCCACAGAAUUCAGUACCGUUCUGUUGUUCCUCUCAGAGAUCGACGCACCCAAGAACCUGCAGGUGCUGUCCAAGGCCUCCACCACCCUGGAGCUGGAAUGGGACAACAGCGAGGUGGACGUAGAGGGGUACCAGGUGGUCUACAGCACCCUGGCAGGGGAGCGGUAUGAUAAGGUCAUCGUUCCACGCAACGAUGGACCCACCAGCAGAACCACACUCACUGACUUGUUGCCAGGUACAGAGUAUGGCAUUGGUAUUUCGGCCAUGCUUGGCACCAACCGGAGUUCUCCUGCCACAAUGAACGCCAGAACUGGUCUAGAUGUCCCCAUGGACCUGACUGUGACAGCGUCCACAGACAACACCAUCACCCUGCUGUGGGGGGUGGUCCAGGGGCCUAUCGACCACUACAUGGUCACCUACACCUCCUCAUCUGGACUGACCAUGGAGGUUACUGUCCCCAAGGACGUGACCACCACCACUCUCGAUGACCUGGAGCCAGGCACAGAAUACACCAUCACUGUAGCUGCCCAGAGAGGCAGGCAGCAGAGCACUGCAGCCACCAUCGAUGCCUUCACAGGCUUCAGCCCUGUCAUUGCUCUCUACUUGUCUGACAUCACGUGGGACUCGGUGACGGUUGCAUGGAGCGCCCCGGCCCCACCCGCAGACCUCUACAUCCUCAGCUACAGCUCUGAGGACGGCACUGACACCUCCAAGGUCACCCUGGAUGGAUCCAAGACCUGGUCCUCUGUGGAGGGUCUCCUGCCCUCCACACAGUACACAGUCAGCCUUAUCACCAUACAGGGAGAGGUGACGUCUGAAGCUGUCACAGCCACGCUCACCACAGGAAUGGACCCACCUAAAGAGAUGACUGUGUCAUAUGUCACUGAAGACUCUGUCAUCAUAUCAUGGUUGAGACCUUUUGCCCCCUUUGACUAUUACAAGAUGUCCUACCAAUCAGCAAGAGGGCGAGUGGACAGCAUCGUGAUUGACAACGACGUGACCAACUACACCCUGUCCAGCCUCCACCCAGCAACAGAGUAUGAGAUCAACCUGAACGCCGUGAGGGGAAGCCAGGAAAGCAAGUCCAUCACCACCAGUGUCUUCACAGCGAUGGACAUGCCAAUGGAACUGACAGCCCUCAACAUUACCCCACAAGGAGCUUUAUUGCAGUGGAACCCUCCUCUGUCCAGCGUUGACAACUACGUGCUCACCCUCACCUGCAACCAGGUGACAGCUGACACCUUCCUGGUGGAGGGUGGGAAACAGGAGCACCAGCUCACUAAGCUCUUGCCGAGCACCACUUACUCUGUAGCCCUCUAUGCUACCAAGGGACCCCUGACCAGUGGAACGGUCAUCGCCAACUUUGCAACACCCAUGGACGCUCCUUUGAACCUGACCGCCAGUGAGGUGAACCACCGCAGUGCCCUCAUCUCCUGGCAACCGCCCAUCGCAGACAUAGACAACUACAUGCUUACAUACAAAUCAGCCGAUGGCAGCAGAAAGGAGCUGAUCCUGGAUGCAGAAGACACGUGGAUCCGUCUGGAGGGCCUUGCAGAGAUCACAGAAUACACUGUGAGGUUGCAGGCUGCCAGAGGAUUAGAGACCAGCGAUAUCAUCUCUACAGCCUUCACAACAGGAAACCGUCUGUUUGCCACCCCUCAGAACUGUGCCCAGCAUCUGCUGAACGGGGAGUCUGUGAGCGGCGUCUACACCAUUUACAUCAACAGAGACGCCAAUCAGGGAGUGCAGGUCUACUGUGAUAUGACCACAGACGAAGGAGGCUGGAUCGUGUUCCAACGUCGUCAGAAUGGCCUUACCGACUUUUCCAGGAAGUGGAGUGACUACAGGGUCGGCUUUGGGAACCUAGAGGAUGAAUUCUGGCUCGGUUUGGACAACAUACAGAAGCUUGCAGCUCAAGGUCGCUACGAGCUCCGGAUCGACAUGAAGGAUGGCCAGGAGUCAGUCUAUGCCAACUAUGACAAAUUCGCCAUCGGUGAUGCCAGGAAUUUAUACAAACUCAGGAUAGGAGAGUAUAAUGGCACAGCUGGGGAUGCACUGAUCUAUCACCAAGGCCGUCCCUUCUCCACCAAGGACAGAGACAAUGACAUUGCUGUGACCAACUGUGCUCUGUCCUACAAAGGAGCCUGGUGGUACAAAAACUGCCAUCGGGCCAACCUGAAUGGAAAAUAUGGCGAGUCGAGACACAGUCAGGGUAUCAACUGGCAUAACUGGAAGGGUCAUGAGUUCUCUAUCCCAUUCGUAGAGAUGAAGAUGAGGCCAUUUAACUACCGCAGCAUCAGUGGCAAGCGAAGGAGGUCCACUCCUCCAGAAUAAACCCCUUACCCCUGUACACUCUUACCCCCAAUCCAGCUAGCUGUUCCCACUUUUACAUAAGGCUGAAAGACAAUAGGAUGAGCUAUGUCAUUUAUUAAAACAAUUGAAUGACAAUGGUUGUGUUCGCUAGCCCGGAAAACCAGACUGAAUUCAGUUCUGUUUCGUGUUUGUUUCACUCCACUAGUGAAACGAGUGAAACAUAGUGUGAGUCAAUCUGAAUUUUGAGGCUACUGUAUCUAUUUGCUAAUAUAGGAAGAGAUGUAAACCACUGGGUUUUUGUGUUUAGCCAGUUGCCCUGUCCUGGUGAGCUCAGAGUAGAGUUCAUGAACUUCUCUCUAUCUAUAAAAUACGAGUACACGAGAGCUAAGAUUAUUUCUCCCGUUUAAAAUAGUCAUUUUAACCAAAUUCUAUAUGCCCAUAAACAUGUAAGAUAUCUCUAUUUUUAUAACUGAUAUGGUAAACGUCCAUUUAUUACAUGAUAUGAUUUGAUGCCUUGUUAUUGAGAUUUGUAUUGAAAUAGCAACCCUCCAUGAGUUUUAUAGACAAAGGCCUGCAUGGAGCAAUUCAUUGGUCAUAGACAAAACAUUGCCACUCAUAAUGAGCUAAUCAGUAUUAGCCAUCACCAAGUGACAUACUGUACCAGCCUGUAAUAGUGGAUUCAACAUCAGUUAUUUACAUAUUUAUGUCCAUGUGGCCAAUUUACUUUUGAAUGUAAAAUAAAAUCCUAAAUCCACACCCUGAUUGGAAUGGAAGAAACGUUGAGCACCAAACAAUGAUUGUGCACAACUUGAAAUGUACAAACUUAUCUCCAGUGCCCAUUUAUUAAGAAAACAACAGUGAGCAAGUUAUUUGCACUGAGGUUAUACAUAGUAUGACCACUGUCAUUCAAUACUGGUCUGUAUACUGCCCUGCAUAACUCAAAUAUAUAACAUUAUUGACCAAUAUUCACACACAGUAUUCUCCUUGAGGAAAUUCCAACUCUACAAACAAAUAUAAAGUGGUAUAAAGAUACUGUAUGUGAAUUAGCACUCUAAAAUGUUUCCUCGUUGUGUUACUUGCAGUGAUGGUGCUAAAAAUUGUUCCGACAUGAAACCAAAGAUUUGCUGAAGAGAAACUGUCAACAGAGCCCCCUUUCUUUGUAACCUCAUCCUCACUUCAGCAGAUUUGUUUUGGGGGGGGGGGGAUUCUUGGUUUUAAUCUCAGAAACAAUUGUCAUGGUUACAUUCUGAGCACUUGUUCUUUGUCAAAAUUAAUUGAAACUGGUGAGCUCAUUUCUACACAGUUAUUAUGUUAUGGUGUACAAUAGUCGUCCUAUAUACAGUACAUUCUUCCUGUCUCACCCGUAUUUACCGUCUAACUGUGUUACGCCACCAGAGCAAGUACCAUUUGGCCUGCUAUAGCGAACCCCUUUGUCCUCAAUGUACAUUGGAUGGAUGAAUACACUGUUCUAAUCAUCCAAUCAUGUUCAUCAAACCAUUUCAUUUACCAUUGUUCUCCGUUUUUGUGUGUUUCUUAUUGACCAAUUAACUUUAUUUUCUCUCACCCAAUCUCUACAAACUCCACCAACCACACAGUGUGUUUGUAACAUAAUGACUGUGUAUGUGUUUGGUAAUUCACUGUCCUUUAGACUUGAUGACUUAAAACUUUGGUGAUUGUCCAUCCUGUAGACUGCUGGUACUAAUAUAUUGGUAUAGGAAUCAGGAGCUUUAUGAAAAGCUGAUACUACUUCCCCUAUUAUUCUAAUCAUAGUUGUUAAGACAGACUUGUUUUGAGAAGGGAGGAGGCUAUUGCAUGCUAACAGUAUGAGCAAUACUUCCAUGGUAACAAGAAAUGUGUAAUGAGAAUAUUCUUGUAUUUAAGUGUUGAAUUUCUCCUCAGAAUUCCAAUUGUCAAGUAACUGUUUCAGAGCUGUUAAUGCAAUGCGUCCAAACUCCCUGAGCAAGACAUUGUUUAGUUUUUACUAGAAUAGGUUGUGUACUUGUUUAUUAACUACAUAGACUAACUACUGUAUGUCUCAGUGCAUUUUGUGCAAGGAAUGAGAGUGAUGAAGCUCUGUAGAUAACAGAUGGAAUGUACUUUAUGUAACAAAAGAGGUGUCUCUUUUGGCAAAUCCUGGUGUGCCCAAAUUCUAACCCGAAUGCUUAUGGACUCCUCCCCCCCCAAAAAUGUCACGCCGUUUUUCAGAAUUUAUAAUAGUCAAUCAAUCAGAAUUGUACAGCGUUAUUGUCCACAAAAACAUUUGGUUAGGUGAGGUGUUCUGACAAGAUUAUCCAGAAGGCCUAUUCCAAACUUUGGGACAUGUAGUAGUUAUUUAUGUUAUGGUUCCUUUCUGCAAGGCAUAGCCUUCUCCUUCACACCCCUGUUAUGCUUGUCAGUAUGUCAACCCCCAGAACCUCUGCCAAGAAUUCAAGUCUGAGCUAGUAAAGUUAUGUUUCAAUUGGAGUGACUAAAGAGAGAAUAUCUACAGAAUUCUGCUUACAUUUUGCAGGAAAGGUAAUAGAGCGUUAGGACACUGUUAUUGGCUUGUGAUGUAAUAGGACAUCUAGCUAUUGAGGGAACCUCAAAUACAAAUGCAUGUAAUCAAUGAUGGCUGCGAAAAUGCUGAGUGCUAAAAAAAAAUAAUUACAAACAGAUCGGGAAAUACUGAGGAGGGUAAUAAAAGCGAGAUAAACUCUUCACAGAAGAAAAUGUAUUGUCAGUAAGAAAGAUAAUAGAAUAUCAAUAUGCUGAAUAUAAAGUUAUUUUCCGUGCCUUUGCACUUCAGGACUACUGUAGACAACACAACGCACGUGUCUGACAGGAAUAGUAUACGCGAUGCUGUUACUAACUCCAUAAGCUGUGAAAACCGAGUCAUGUAGAUCAAGUAUACCUCUCCCAGGCGUCGUCAGACCUCCACCAGACAUCGUUGAAGCAGAAUAAUAUGUGAAAUAAUGUGAUUACCACGUCCGGCCUCUUAAACCUGCUACUAUUGUUCCUACUAUUGCUUCCAUGCCAUCACUUGAAGGAGGGUGAAUGUAUAGUUCUGAUUAUAGAAUGGAAUAACUCGAAUGGGAAUAACACAGACCACUGUGAUUCUAUUUCUAUGGUUCUGAUGCGUCAUAUAGCCAUGAGUUGAAAUGUAUUUUGACAUAAUAGGACUUUAGUUCACCACAUAAUCCACCUCGCAGAAUAUACUCUAAUGCUUUAAUCACAGUUCAUCACAGUCCAUAUGUAAAUUAACUAAGGGACAAUUGCAUGGCUGUACAAAAAAAACAGAUUGUGGGUGAAUUAUCCCAUCACUUUAAGAUGAUUACAUUGGCCUAGAAUAAUAAGUGCUUCGACAUGGAUAUGUCACACGCCACUCAUAUUCGAUAAGUAAAUGAUCUAACAUGAAAUAGCCUACAUCAUUUUUUAAAAUCAGAAUGACACAUUUCACCUAUUGAUAUGCUGUAGGACUAAUAUUGCUGUUCCCCUCUUAGUAUGCAUUCCAAGUGAAUGUUGUUGCUGUUGCUCUACCCAGGAGCUGUGGUAGGAGGAUCAGAUCAAUAGGUGAAUUUGGGUUGCAUCCCAUAUGGCACCCUAUUCCCUAUUUUGUGCACUUCUUUUGUCCAGAACCCUAUGGCCAUGAUCAAAAGUAGCUCAUUUGGGCAGAGCCCUAUGGUCCUGGUCAAAUGUAGUUGACUAAACAGGAAAUCGGGUGCUAUUUAGGACACAACCUGUUUUCGAAUGCCAUAACCAGAGGCCAAGUUAACAUGUGGUCUGCUCUUCUAUUUGAACAGAUGAGAUACUAUGAAGUAUCUCUCUGUUUUAUCUGGUGCACAGCAUGCAGAUAUUUGUAUUGACAUCUGAGAGAAGGUUUGAAGAUUUGUCUGUGUGAGGGGAGUGUAAUCAAAAGACUGCAUUUAUCCAACAAGGUUGAGAACAUACUUCUACAGACUUCUAUUAAUCAUUUGCAUAGCAGAUGCAUAGCAGAUGGAAAAGAUAAUCUAGUGUUUCAGAAUUGUCAAUCUUCCCCCCCAUUACUUUACCAAUCACAGGUUCACAAUGCACUGGAGCAACAACUCACACUGGAUCCCAACUCAAACCCACAAUCUGUCCCUUUGUUGUGUGAUUUAAUCAGACAUAGUUAAUGAGUGGAAUCAUUUCCCGUCCUUUAUUUAUUUCAUUGUAUUUAUGACUACUAGACACAGCUAUGUAAUUCAUUUGUCAGUUGAUGCAACAUUACUGUUUAGCUGAGAAAUAGCCACAAGGAUUGUUGAAAUGUGUACUUUACCUGUUUGGAUUAAGAUCCCAGUUCUAUAAUAUCUGUAUUAUUUGCCAUGAAGAAUGUGAAGGAAGGUUGGGACUGUGGAAAAGCUCUUUUGAUGAGUAUCUGGAUUGUGUUGGAUAAUCCUGGAUAUUACUGAUGAGAUUAGUUCUAGUUUAACUUAAAACAUGUACUGUAUAGUUCCUUUUUUAAUACAUUUUCUACAUAUUAAUAAAAUAUUCCAAUUGUCAA